UUGCCUUCCAUGUCCGGCCGGACGGUGGCCAUUACCGGCUGCUCCCGUGGGCUGGGCUACGUAACGGCGCUGACGCUCGCCAAAAAGGGCGCACAACUCUUCUUGUUGAAUCGUGAUUCAGAAGCUUCUGCGAGGGCUCUCGUCGAGCUCACUGCCGAGUGCACCGCGGCAGGCAGUCCGAUGCCGCAGCAAAUCGCGUGCGAUCUCCUCGACUUCUCCAGCGUGCGAGCGGCAGCGGACAAGCUGAGCUCGCAGCUUGCGGCGGAGGGCUUGCGCCUCGACGUGCUCUGCUGCAACGCGGGCAUCAUGCUGAUGCCAGACGAGCCUUCCAAAGACGGUUACGAUAUUACGAUCGCCACCAACGUGCUCUCCCACUUUCUGCUCGCGCGGGAGCUUCUGCCGGCUCUCGAGGCAGCCGCCAGCGCGACUGGCGAUGCACGGGUCGUGUCCAUGUCAAGUGGCAGCGGGAUGGGGCCGCCCGGCUUCGACGCAGCAUAUUUUGCGGCAGGCAGCGGUGGUGCACUCGGUGGGCCUACAGGCGCAAACGCUCGCUACCAUCAGAGCAAGCUUGCCAAUCUCCUCUUCACCAGUGCGCUUGAUGAGAAGCUGCGAGCGCGCGGCAGUCGUGUCAGGGCGCUCGCUUGCACGCCGGGCGUGUGCGGCACGGACAUGUACGAACACGUGCAGGGUGUCUUCAACCCUGGCAAGCCUGUGGACUUUGGCGCGGUGGCGUCUGUUGAGGAUGGCUGCCUCGGCCAGCUGAAGUGCGUCUGUGACCCGUCCGUGGAGUCUGGCGAGUGCUGGGGGCCGAACGGCUACUCAGGGCCACCGGUGCGCCUCGUCAUUGCGCCG